AAUCUGAGUGACAGGCGGUGAGAGGAGCCAAUAUAUAUAAGGAAAGCUCCCGAGCGCGCAGGUUUCAGUAGCGGCGCUGAGCGCAGGCUGGGAACGCGAGGCCAAGAGCCGCAGCUCAAGCCGCCUCAGUGCUGUGUACCCAGGCACUAGCCUGCUUACAGCCCCAGGAUUAGCCCGAGGACACGUCCUCAGCGUGGCCGCCGCCCAGCCGCCCUCACCUGGAUUACCUACUGCGGCAGUUGGAGCUAGCCAGUAGGCGAGGCAGGAGGAAAGCCCCGAGCGGAGCCUGGCUUUUCAGGGACCCCUCCGGCGGUUGGACGCGCGGGAAAGCUUCGCAGCCGGCGGGUGGAGAGAGCGACCGCCCCAGGGAAUGGCAGCAGCGUCCCGUAGCGCCUCUGGCUGGGCGCUACUGCUGCUGGUGGCACUUUGGCAGCAGCGUACAGCUGGCUCGGGAGUCUUCCAGCUACAGCUGCAGGAGUUUGCCAACGAGCGCGGCGUGCUAGCCAGCGGGCGGCCGUGCGAACCCGGCUGCCGGACCUUCUUCCGCGUCUGCCUGAAACACUUCCAGGCAGUCGUCUCGCCCGGGCCCUGCACCUUUGGCAGCAUCUCCACGCCUGUGCUGGGCACCAAUUCCUUCGCCGUCGGGGACGACAGUAGCGGCGGGGGACGCAACCCUCUCCAGCUGCCCUUCAAUUUCACCUGGCCGGGUACCUUCUCACUGAUCAUCGAAGCUUGGCACGCGCCGGGAGACGACCUGCGGCCAGAGGCCUUGCCACCAGACGCACUCAUCAGCAAGAUCGCCAUCCAGGGCUCCCUAGCUGUGGGCCAGAACUGGCUACUGGAUGAGCAGACCAGCCGUCUCACAAGGCUGCGCUACUCUUACCGGGUCAUCUGCAGUGACAACUACUAUGGAGACAGCUGCUCACGUCUAUGCAAGAAGCGCAAUGACCACUUCGGCCACUAUGUGUGCCAGCCAGAUGGCAGCCUGUCCUGCCUGCCAGGCUGGACUGGGGAGUACUGCGAACAGCCUAUCUGUCUUUCUGGCUGUCAUGAACAGAAUGGCUACUGUAGCAAGCCAGCGGAGUGCAUCUGCCGCCCAGGCUGGCAGGGCCGCCUAUGCAACGAAUGCAUCCCCCACAAUGGUUGUCGCCAUGGCACCUGCAGCACCCCCUGGCAGUGUACUUGUGAUGAGGGCUGGGGAGGCCUAUUCUGUGACCAAGAUCUCAACUACUGCACCCACCACUCCCCGUGCAAGAAUGGGGCGACGUGCUCCAACAGUGGGCAGCGGAGCUACACCUGCACCUGUCGCCCAGGCUACACUGGUGUGGACUGUGAGCUGGAGCUCAGCGAGUGUGACAGCAAUCCCUGUCGCAAUGGAGGCAGCUGUAAGGACCAGGAGGAUGGCUACCACUGCCUGUGUCCCCCAGGCUACUAUGGUCUGCACUGUGAACACAGCACCUUGAGUUGUGCCGACUCUCCCUGCUUCAAUGGGGGCUCCUGUCGGGAGCGCAACCAGGGGGCCAGCUAUGCCUGCGAAUGCCCCCCCAACUUCACUGGCUCCAACUGUGAGAAGAAAGUGGACAGGUGUACCAGCAACCCGUGUGCCAAUGGGGGCCAGUGCCUGAACCGAGGUCCGAACCGCAUGUGCCGCUGCCGUCCUGGAUUCACAGGCACCCACUGUGAACUCCACAUCAGCGACUGUGCCCGCAGCCCUUGUGCCCACGGCGGCACUUGCCACGACCUGGAGAAUGGGCUCAUGUGCACCUGCCCUGCCGGCUUCUCCGGCCGGCGCUGCGAGGUGCGGAUCCCCACUGAUGCCUGUGCCUCGGGACCCUGCUUCAACGGGGCCACCUGCUAUGCUGGCCUUGCCCCCGACAACUUCGUCUGCAACUGCCCCUAUGGCUUUGUGGGCAGCCGCUGCGAGUUCCCCAUGAGCAUGCCCCCCAGCUUCCCCUGGGUGGCUGUCUCCCUGGGCGUGGGGCUGGUGGUGGUGCUGGUCUUACUGUGCAUGGUGGCAGUGGCGGUGCGGCAGCUGCGGCUGAGGCGGCCUGACGACGGCAGCAGGGAGGCCAUGAAUAACUUGUCAGACUUCCAGAAGGACAACCUGAUCCCUGCCGCCCAGCUCAAGAACACAAACCAGAAGAAGGAGCUGGAAGUGGACUGUGGCCUGGAUAAGUCCAACUGUGGCAAACAGCAGAAUCAUACAUUGGACUAUAAUCUGGCCCCAGGGCCCCUGUUGCGGGGGACCAUUUCUGGGAAAUAUCCUCACAGUGACAAGAGCUUAGGGGAGAAGGCGCCACUGCGGUUACACAGUGAAAAGCCAGAGUGUCGGAUAUCAGCGAUAUGCUCCCCCAGGGACUCCAUGUACCAGUCUGUGUGUUUGAUAUCAGAAGAGAGGAACGAAUGUGUCAUUGCCACAGAGGUAUAAGGCAGGAGCCUCCCCAGCACAUCCCAGCCUUGCCCCAGCAGCUGGACCUUCCUUCUGCAUUGUUUACAUUGCAUCCUGGAUGGAACAUUUUUAAUAUGCAACGUGCUGCUCUCAGGAGGAAGAGGGAAUGGCAUGAACUGGACGGACUGUGAACUUGCCAAGAGAUGCAGUACCCUUCCACAUCUUUGGGUGUCUGUCUGGCAUCAGAUUGGCAGCUGCGCCAGCCAGGGGAACAGAGGAGAGGAGAGGUGCCACUUGGACCCAUCCUGCCAGCAGUGGCCUUCAGAGGGCUCCUUUGGGGCUUUGGCCUGUUUUCCAGAGGGAGUGGCAGUGGUCCCUGGGGCCUGGAGCUGCUGUGGCCUCCACUGGCAUCUGCGUUUCCAAAAGUGCCUUGGCCCAGGCUCCAUAACGACAGCUGGGUCCAAAUCAGAGAGAGAGGAGGCCAGCAAGGGCAGGUCCGUCUAUGGGCCGGGAAACCAUCUGGUGCAGCUCUUGGCAGGAGUGUCCCUGCAGGUGAGGUGAGCGCCCCAAGUGGGCGGAGCACUUUCUGCCCUGUGCCUCCAACUACUGCACGUGGGCCUUGCUCCUCACAUGGCCCCAGUCUCUCCCUGGCCCAGGCCCUCUAGGCAAGGAUACUGGUAAGCCUUACCUGGCUUCUACAGCCUCUGGCGUUGGGUGCCUCUGGGCUCCUGUGAGCAGACAGGUGGAGGGCCUGUCCCCUCUGCCAGUCAAAGGCACCAGGCCUAACUGGGGAGUUUAGGGCAGCGAUGGUGGAAAUCCCAGUGAGGGAGAAAUUGGGUGCUGUCACCACUUAGGCCCUUUCCUCCCUCAAGCCCAUUCCUACGGCCUUGAGCCUGGGCUCUGCCCACACCCACUACUGCCCUUAGACCACCCCUGAAGCCGAUCUUCAGAAAUCAAUAAUAUGAGUUUUUAUUUUGUUUGUUUUUUUGUAGUUUAUUUUGGAGUCUAGUAUUUCGAUAAUUUAAGAAUCAGAAGCACUGACCUUUCUACAUUUUAUAACAUUAUUUUGUAUAUAAUGUGUAUUUAUAAUAUGGAACAGAUGUGUACAGGA